AUGAGGGAGCCGCGGGAUGCCGUCGAGGAGCUCCGCAUCGGCGCCCUCAAGCUGAGCGACAUCCUAGAGGAGCGAGUCUACGAGCUGGAUUCCUCCGACACGACCGCGCCUCCGCCGCCGACGGCUCGAAACUCAGUGCCCGCUCCGCCCUCCUCCCUACUCUCCGCGGAACAUCCGAAGCCAUCCUCCCUCGCGCCGCUGUUGCAGCUGGCUGUCGAGGCGGCGCGUCCUUCGCAUCCUCCUGCCAUCGUCGACAGGCCAUACCACAUCGAGGCAAGACCUCCGCCUCCCGUCCACGACGACACUGCGGGGGAGGAGCUUUCGGGCACGAGCAUCGACCUCGGCCUUCAGCAGGUCGCCGAGGAGUUCACGUCGCUGGAGUGCCAUGAGCUGGCGUCGUGCAACAUGCUCGGUCUGCUCGAGGACUCGCUGUUCUCCGACUUCUCCGAGGCCGCACGGGAGCAAUGGGAAGCCACUGUGGUCCUCCGCGUCGGUGCCCACGAGCAGCGCGACGCCCCCAAGCUCGACUCCGAGGCAGAUUCGCUCGUGCAGAACCGCGUUUCCGUCGAGGACGAGAUCCCCAACCACCUCGACCGCGCCAACUCUAGCGCUGUCGUCACCGCAGUCUCCCUGCACGUCCUCGACCGCCUCAGCCUCCUUCCCGACGUGCUCCUCGGCAACAUCGUCUCCCGCCUUCCCAUCAAGGAUGCCACGCGCACGUCGGUACUCUCCCGCCGCUGGAGGCCUCUCUAUGGUGCUCCUUCUGUCAAUACUACCAGUUCAGAAGCAUCACCAGUUGCUCAGUCUUGA